AUGGAAGAUUUAAAAGAACUUGUCAUAGAAACUCUUGAUAACAAUGGGAUUUUGGAUACAAUAAGGGCACAGCUUAGAAGCAGUGUUUUUAAUGCGCUACAGCAGGAGCAGGCUAAAGCAGGCGGCAAUAAGACUGAAGCCCAAAAAGUGAUGGAAACUGAGCCAGGGCAGCUUUGCUCUGAGCUGUUCAGGGAUUUUUUGCAAAAUUUAGGCAUGGUGCAUACCUUAAAUGUCUGGCUUCCUGAGUGCAAGCUCCCUGAAGAGCCGAAAGAUAGGUCUUUUAUUGAGAACAAACUGAAUAUCAAAGGUGACAACAACCCGCUCAUAUAUCAAGUCAUUAAGAAAUUCAAAGAAAGCCAGUCCCAGAAGCAAGAAAGCAAAGAGCCAGAAGAGCUUAAGCCUCCAGCUUCAGAAGAGAGGCCUAAAACUAUAGGAAGUGACGAACAGGAGUACACUGACGAUUUUGAUGAAAUUGAUGAGGACAUUGAAAUCGAAGGCAGUCUAGGGACUGGAGGAAGAGAUUCCCACGGGCCGAUAGGAGAAAGCGGUGGUAGCAGCAUGGGAAUCGACCAAUCUGUAGACUCCUUAGCACUAGAAGACUAUGACUAUACCGAAAAAGUGAAAAGGGCACAAAAAUAA